CGUUGUGCUGGGCAUUAAAAUAGGUCAGGAGCAUUAGCCGUGGCGGUGUCACGCGUGGCGGAAUCCCCUGGCCGAGCCGGCGCAGCGCUCUAAUUCCCAGGGCGAUGUGCCGCGCGUGAGUGUGUGCCUUCUCCCCUGCGGAUGUCCCCGCUGUGCCCGGCCGGCCUCGGUCACUGCCGCCGGCGGCGUGAGCGGAGCGACACGGGCGGUCACGGGAGCGCAGCACCCAGACAGAAGUAACUAAGUGUUCCUAAUGGAAGUGCUUUUGUCUCUUUGUGCUUGACGGCCUCGGCUCAAGUGUUUGCUUUGCAUCCCUUCGGAAUGUUGAAAGGGGACGUGAAAUGGGAAAACGGGUCCCGCUUUUGACGCGCAACUGGAAAGUGUAGUCCAAGAUGUUUGAGAACCAUCCAGAAAGCUACAGACCAGAAGGAAGAGUUUGCAGAGAAGCUGAAAUGCUGUAGUGUACCACUGAGCAGGACAAGUCAGGAAUGAGCCAGCCUUGGGAAGGAGGACCUGCCAUCCUAGCUGGGGAUGUUUGAAGAGAGGACAUUUCAGUCUUGUGGCAUGCUUCAGUAGAAAUUACUAAGCAAAAGAUGGCUGGCUGUGGUGAAAUAGAUCAUUCGAUCAAUAUGCUUCCCACAAACAGGAAGACAAAUGAGUCAUGUACCAAUGCAGCACCUUCCCUGCAAGUCCCUGAAUGUGCUAUCUGUCUGCAAACGUGUGUCCAUCCAGUAAGUCUGCCCUGUAAACAUGUUUUCUGCUAUCUGUGUGUUAAGGGCGCUUCUUGGCUUGGGAAACGAUGCGCACUCUGCCGGCAGGAGAUUCCUGAGGAUUUUCUUGACAAGCCAACCUUAUUGUCACCCGAAGAACUCAAAGCAGCAAGCAGAGGCAAUGGAGAAUAUGCUUGGUACUAUGAAGGUAGAAAUGGCUGGUGGCAGUAUGAUGAACGUACCAGCAGAGAGCUGGAAGAUGCCUUUUCCAAGGGUAAAAAGAGCACUGAAAUGCUAAUUGCUGGUUUUUUAUACGUGGCAGACCUUGAAAAUAUGGUUCAGUAUAGGAGAAACGAGCAUGGGCGUCGCAGAAAAAUAAAACGGGACAUAAUAGAUAUACCAAAGAAGGGAGUGGCUGGGCUGAGGCUGGACUGUGACACCGUCAACCUGGCACGAGAGAGCUCCGCUGACGGUGCGGACAGCACACUGACUCCAGGGGCUGCAGCUGUGCAGCCUCUAGCAUCCAUUUCUGUGAGGCCCCUACCAGCACUAGAUGGUCAGCUCGUGAGCCCUUCAACGCCAUCACCUGAUGCAAGCAAUUCUCUAGAGAACUCUUUUUCCCACUUACAAAUAAAUGGAGACAGUAUGGCUGAAAGGAGUCACAGGGGAGAGGGAGAAGAAGACCACGAAUCAUCAUCUUCUGGUAGGGUGCCAGCCCCCGACACCUCUGUUGAGGAGACCGAAUCGGAUGCCAGCAGCGACAGCGAGGAUGUGUCUGCCCACCUUCAGCAACACCCGUCCUCUGGUCAGCAGAGACACUUGAGUGCUGGUGCAAGCCAGGCAGGAGCAGAUAGACCAGGGGCAGGGGGCGGGGUGGCAAACACAAGUGUAAGAUCUAGAAGGCCAGAUGGACAGUGCACAGUCACUGAAGUUUAAAUCUAGAGCCAUGUGAAAAAAAUACUCAGUUGUACUAUUUUCUGUAAAUUUUCUGUCCACAUUGGCAUUGCACUCAAACCUAGCAGUGUGUUUGGUGGGAGGGUGGGGUGAAGGGGAGAAAACAGAUUUGGCCUGUUUUAACUUAAGUCUCUUAACAUGUCUCAGCUGGAAGACUCUUUAACUCUAGGAAACUGGGUUGUCCUGUUAAUGGUUUAAAAGCUGUUUAGCAAUGCCCAGUUUUCUUGAAAAUGUCUUGUGUUUAUUUUGUAGCAUUUUCCCCUUGAAGAUACUCUAUUCCUUUUUGGCCAAUGUAUAUCUACUGUACAAAAUGAAUUGUCUUCAUUAUCUGACUGUUGCAUUAAGUGUCUUACUACUUUCUGCAUGGAUUGAUGUAUGAAAAGAACACUUAAGCUAUGUGGAAUCAGGCAAGGUGUUGGGUGUGAGCAGGAUGCUUAAUUUAAUGUGAGAAAAUAGAUGUGAGUUUGGAGUUAAAAUGUGUUUUUACUAGACAAGAGCAAUCAUUUACCUUCUUUCAAUGGAAAUGUAAAAAUGCUGUUAACUUGUGUUGCAAAUCCUUACCUUUACACUCUCCAUGGCUUUUUCACUGGCUUUGCCAUCUAGUCCUUGUAGUUUUGUUUUUUGAGAUCUUUCUUGAUCUGUCUUGUUUUUGUUACAGAAGUUAUUAUUUAAUAAAACUACAUUUUAUCAGUAACAAUCUCA